AGAAACUGCUGCUAUUACUUGUUGUUCCUGGAAUGUAAUGAAAUUGAAAUCCAUUCAUUCCCAAUGGUGGGAGGAAUAACUAACAAGUUCAUAAAACCUGUUUUGUUAUAUGUCUGCCAUUAAUUCAUUAAAUUAUGAAUUGGCCAUGCAAACAAGAAGAAAAUGAUGAACGAAACAAACAUUGAUUCAACAAUCAACCAACAUUGAAAUUCUCAAAUACCAAAUGUCUGGUUCUGGUCAUCAAUCUAUUCAUGAUUUCGAUGUGAAGGAAUUUUUUGUUAUCAUCAACCAGAUUUGAAAAACUGGACUCGACCAGAACGAUGUUUGGAAGAAAGAGAAAAAAAUCGAAAAAGGGCACAAGGGGAACUUUGGUUAAUGUUCAACAGGUCAACUGUGGUAUAAUGUUUGUAGAUAAAAAAAAAGAAAAAUAUUUUUCUUUUUUCCAUCUUGAUCAAAUGAUUAAUGCUCCGAAAACGAUUUGAUGCUCGAAUCAAAACAAGUCGAUACUGAAAUGGAGCUAAAAUUGUCGUGGUGGUCAUCAUCUCGAGGAAUGUGGUUGGGUUAUCGGCUUUCGUUUUGGUCGUAUAAAAACCGAAACCCAACAUUUUAUACAGGUUUCACGCUCAUACACCAACCAGUCAUGCAUAAUAGUCAUGUUAUGUUGAUUGAUCUCUUCAUGUGAUACUUUGAUCGAUUUGUUGAAAUAUCCAUCUAAAGAAAUCAAGACAGGGAAAGAAUUUUCUUCAACAAAAAAUAAUCGAGCUUCCCAUUUCCGUUUGUUCCUUUCAUUCAACGUCCAACAUUCAGGACAAUGGAUCGCUAUUUUGGCAUUCUAUUGAUAAUUGCACUUUAUUCCUAUUGCUCACUAUUCGACCAUUGCUUUUCAUUAGAAUGUGGAGAAUUUACUUUACCGAACAAUAUUCUUGAAACACGUAUCGUGAACGGAGAGAUAGCCACUAUUGGUGAAUUUCCCUGGCAGGUAUCCAUACAACGACGAGUUCGAGUUCGAAUGACCAAUAUGGGUAAUGUUUCAGCAUCACCAUCAUCAUUGUUGCCACCGUCUUCUUCGGAAACGAUUGUCGAUGAUGAUGAUGAAGAACCAUUUAGUAAUGAACUUUAUUGGCAAAAAAGUCCUAUGAAUAUAUUGAUUGAAGAUUUAUUACGUGGUGCCAAUUAUAGCGAUGAACAGAUACAAAAAUGGCUGGAGAAUUCCUCCAAUUCAUCCAAUGUUCCCAUCAUCAGUGUUUAUCCACCAAGCGCCAAUAGUUCCUCAUCCACACCAAUCAACGUGGUUAUUAUUGAAGGUCAAUUAUCGAAAGUAACACUUUAUCCACCUUUACCUACAUUCCCGCCUGAUCAUGUAUUUCCACCACCACCACCACCACCACCACCACAAUCUGGCCAUAUUGAUUCACCAAAAUAUCCACCAUCACGGCCACCGCCAAUUCAAACAAGUUCUUGGCCAACACGUUUAACUACAUCGACGACGACUACGAGAACAAUGUCCACAACAACGACAACCGUUCAUCCAUUUCCUACAAAUUCAAUUUCAACGUCUAAACCACCACCAGCAGUAUCAUUUCCUCCUUUUCCAUCAUCGUUGCCUCCAUGGAUAACAUCAUCAUCGUCGAUGAAAUCAUCAUUUCCAACAAUAAUGACAUCGCCCAGACCACCCAUGAUAAUUACAACGCCAAAACAUUGGACAUGGUCGACGGCAAGUAAACCAACAAUGCCACCACCGAUUCCAACCAUAUCUAGAUUGCCAACAUGGUCACCACCAUCAACAUCACAACCACCAAGAAGAAUGCCACCCAUAAUCCUACCGAUUCCCACGUCAGCACCACGACCAAGACCUCAACCAUCACCAAUGCCUCCUACUCGUCAACCUAGACCGCCGAUUACCAAUCAAGAUUGGCAAUGGAAAUGGCAACAUUUUUGCGGCGGAUCAAUUAUCGAUAAUCAAUGGAUCAUGACUGCUGCUCAUUGUGUUGAAAGCAUGAAAAGCAUUUAUUCACCGGGUAUGAUACAAAUAAUGGCCGGUUCAACAAAUUGGCGAUCACCGGACACAGAACACGCUGUUACAAUAGCCGUGGACCGAAUCAUUGUACAUGAAGGAUGGCGACAACGUACUGGUCAGAAUGAUAUAGCCCUAUUACAUCUAUCACGACCAAUAAGCUAUGUCCAAAAGGAUAAAAUCUACAUUAACAAUAUUUGCCUAUCACGGCAAACACAACAUGAAUAUGAAGGAAUGGUCAGCUCAUCUGGUUGGGGUUUCGUUGCCAAAGAUAAUCGUAUCACACCGGAACUGAUGAGACGUGUUGAUCUUAUGAUUGUCGAUCACAACACCUGUCAUCAGGCAUUCAGCAGAGUCAUACAGGUUACAACUAAUCAAGUUUGUGCUGGACGAUCUCAUCGUGGAAAUUGCAUGGGUGAUUCUGGUGGACCAUUGAUCCUGAAGGAUGGAAAUCGUGCCAUCCAGAUCGGCAUCGUGUCAUUUUCGAUUCCAUGUGCUGUACCCGGAUAUCCGGAUGUUUUCACUCGUGUCUCUAAAUAUAUUGACUGGAUAGCAAAAAAUACCGGUAUCAAUUUCUAUGGAUGAUAGAUGGAUUACAAAUAAAGUUGCAAUAAAAAUUUAUUUAUUCAA